AUGGGAAAUGCCUUUCCAAACCUCUUCAAGGGCCUUUUUGGCAAAAAAGAAAUGCGCCUUCUCGUGGUGGGCCUGGAUGCUGCGGGGAAGACCACCAUCCUGUGCAAACUGAAGCUGGGUGAGAUUGUGACCACCAUUCCCACCAUAGGCUUCAACGUGGAGACCGUGGAGGACCAGAACAUCAGCUUCAUCGUGUGGGACGUGGGCGGCCAGGACAAGAUCCGACCUCUGUGGGGUCACUGCUUCCAGACCACACAAGGUCUCAUCUUCGUGGUGGACAGUAACAACAGAGAGCGCGUGAACGAGGCCCAUGAGGAGCUCAUGAAGAUGCUGGCAGAGCACGAGCUCAGGGAUGCCGUCCUGCUGGUGUUCGCCAUCGAGCAGAACCUUCCCAGUGGCAUAAACGCGGCUGAGAUCACGGACAAGCUGGGGCCGCGGUCCCUGCACCACAGGAACUGGUACGUUCGGGCCACCAGCCAGGACUGGCUGUGUGAGGGACUGGACUGGCUGUCCAAUCAGCUCCAGAACCAGAAGUGA